AUGUCAGCCUGUAGUAGGAUCCAGUCUAGAGACCGAUGGGCAACACAAGAUUGGCCAAGGUCUCUCCCCUGCGGUUGGCUAAUUGCAACCAUUGUCUUUACAAAGAUGCUGCUAACGGGUGCAGUCCGCAUAUUUCCAUCAACAGACAUCUACAUAGAAGACAAAAGUCGAUUUAAUCCGAUAUCAAUAUAUUGCUUUGUACCCUACAAAGGAGACACGACUUGGAAAUACAACGGGAAUCUUAGGAAACAUUACAGCGAUUGGUCCAAGUGCGAAAACUCCAAAAUCAGAGCGUUUUGCAAAAACUACAUUAACAUUCCAACAUUUCAUGAGGACUACGUUGGUCGAUAUACAUGCUGUGAUCUUCAUGAGGGGACUAACGCUAGUAUCAACGUCGGAGGCAAUUGUGCCUGA